CGAUGGCAACAGGACAGGUGCUGUUUCAGCGGUUUUUUUAUACCAAGUCUUUUGUGAAGCAUUCCAUGGAGCAUGUGUCAAUGGCCUGUGUCCAUCUGGCAUCCAAAAUUGAAGAGGCACCAAGACGCAUAAGGGAUGUAAUUAACGUGUUCCAUCGGCUUAGGCAUCUACGGGAAAAAAAAAAACCUGUGCCUCUAAUACUGGAUCAAGAAUACGUGAACUUGAAGAAUCAAAUUAUUAAGGCUGAGAGAAGAGUGUUAAAGGAAUUGGGAUUUUGCGUUCAUGUAAAGCACCCUCAUAAGAUAAUCGUUAUGUACCUUCAGGUAUUAGAAUGUGAACGUAACCAACACCUGGUCCAGACUUCAUGGAAUUACAUGAAUGAUAGCCUGAGAACAGAUGUCUUUGUAAGAUUCCAGCCAGAAAGCAUUGCCUGUGCUUGUAUUUACCUCGCAGCUAGGACGCUGGAGAUUCCACUUCCUAAUCGUCCUCACUGGUUUUUACUCUUUGGAGCAACCGAGGAAGAAAUUCAAGAAAUCUGCUUAAAAAUUUUGCAACUGUAUACUCGGAAGAAGGUUGAUUUGUCUGAUCUGGAAAGUAGAGUAGAAAAGAAGAAAUUAGCUAUCGAAGAGGCAAAAGCACAAGCUAAAGGUCUGGUACCUGAGGGAGUGCCAAGUUUGGACAACACAUCAGGAUUUUCCCCUAUCCCAAAAAAUGAGUCUCCAAAAGAGGUUAAAGGAAAUAAGCCUUCACCACUACCUGUUCAGGCAAUGAAGAAUGCUAAGAGGAAAACAGAAGGAGCAAAAAGAACAAGUUCAAAUAGCCCAGUAAACGGUGUUCAGAAAGGAAGAGAAAGCCGAAGUCGAAGUGGAAGUAGAGAUCAAAGUUAUUCAAGAUCUCAGUCCAGAUCUGCAUCCCCAAAGCACAGGAAAAGUGAAAGUUAUUCCACAUCAAGCGGUUCCAAAUCCCACAGCCGUUCCAGGAGCCGCAGUGACUCUCCUCCAAGACAGUUCAACCAUAGUUCUAGCUACAAAGGUUCCAAAGUGAGAAGUUACAAGAAAUCAAAAGACUACAAAUACUCAACACACAAACCACGGAAGUCGCGUAGCAGGAGUUCCUCGCGUUCCAGGAGCCGAUCCCGGGAGCGCUCGGACCAUUCAGGGAAGUACAAGAAGAAGAGUCACUACUAUAGAAAUCACAGGCAUGAGCGUUCCCGCUCCUAUGAGCGAGCAAGUCAUCGCUAUGACCGAGAGCAUCCUGGCCACAGCAGGCAUAGGCGAUGAAUAAAACAAAAAAUUCUUUCCUUUGGAAAUUAAGCAGUGGAGCUCUUCCUCAUUUGAUCUUUGCGGCAUCGGGCUAAAACCUGGCUUGUGAACUGCCUAGCUUGAGUAACCUCCAUUCUCUUGGCAAUUCCAUACUUAAUAUUGUGAAUCCAAAGGAAAGAUACUAAUGAGACAGGAUGAUGUGAAAGACUUAAAUCUGAUAAAUGUCUUGGUGACUGUUCUGCUGGAGUGUCACCUUGUAACACUGCAGAGCUCGUCUCUGGAUGCUCCUACACCCACUCUUCAGUAAUUCACAUACCGUGGUCCUGUGGGGUGUCACUUGGGCGUUCAGUUCUGCGAGCAGGACCCCCAUUGCUCGGUAGCUGGAGUGCUGCGCUGAGCAGUCCUUCCCUGCGGAACUAGAAGGCUCAAGAUGGUUCAUAAAACCAUUGGAGUGGGUUGGUGCUAACAAAGCUGUCUUUUCAUACUGACUCAGUUAUGUUGUACAAAUGUAAGGUGACUUUUUUAGAACUGUUGCCUAUAUUAGGUUAUCUAUGUGUAUAUAUAUUUUGCAGUGUUACAGUACAGUAUGGGAGUACGGCCUUCCUAGCCUUUACACUUUCUCCACGAUGUAAAUAAGCAUUUGUUUAAUACAGGUGGAAGAUAUAUACAGAAAAUUCAAAACUUGAAUUCUAUCAAAAGGCUUGUGUAGAAAAUUCUGAUAAAUGUGAAAGUAUUUAGCUCUGUGUAUUGAGAGUAGUAUAUUUUUCUGUGCAAUGCUGUGUGCAGGCCACCAGCUCGUCAGGCAUUUCCUAUAUAUUCAUUUUAAGUGGUUUGAAAUUCUUUACUCAGGACCUUUGACACUCUGAAGAAUCUGUAGUUUGUCAAUCUGCAUGCUUGUUGAAGAACAGAGCAUUUAAAAAAAAAAUAAGCAAACCCCCACAGCCCAGUAGUAUCAGUUCUAGUGGUAUAUCUGAGCUGUUACUCUCGUGCUCCCUAAUUUCAUUAAAGUAUUUGAUUUUCUAUU